GAGAAAUCUAUCCUCAGAGUCUAUCGAGUAGUCGCUCAAGCCUCUCUAGUGAGUCAAGCGACAACUCUUCCUCAUCAAGAUCCUUGCCGCCCUUGACACCCUCACUGUAUACCGGUGUUCCUCUACCACCCAUGUCUCUCCCAGUCCUUGUUCCAGCUUGGUCCGUGCGUCCACGAGACACCCCUCAAGUAUUUCCAUCUGCCAGUCCAAAUAUUCGAAUGAAGGCUAGCGAAAGAGAACAAAAGCGCCGGUUAUCUCACAGUGCAAUCGAAAAGCGACGGCGAGAGAGAAUGAAUGACAAGAUCAAGCAACUAAAGAACAUGAUUCCCUCGUGUCGACCUGAUGGUGCAGGUCCUGUUAUGGCAUCAAUGUACCAACCCAUCCACAAACUGUCUGUUCUCCAAGCUGCAAUUGAUUAUAUUGGCCAGCUUCAUCAACAGAUCCAGGAUUUAUCCACCAAUACCCAAGAAACAUCAUCAUCAUCAUCAUCAUCUUCUUCUUCUUCAGCAUCCUCAUCAUCAUCUUCAUUAUUAUUAUAAACAUAAAAAAAUCAUUCAUUCAUUC